GCUUUUUACAAAGCAACUUCCUCUUUUGCCAAACUUCCUUCAAGUUUUCAAGAUCUUCCUUUCUUUUAACACUUGCUUUAAAUCUGAUUCCCAUGCCAACUGCCAUAAAUGCAGCGGUGGCUCAGCAGACAGCUGCUGGGUCAGUUCCCAGUGCUACUGUUAGCACUACAGCUGAAGGUACAGGUGGGGGCACAGGGGGGAUUUAUUCUGCCAUAAUCAGUCGCAACCAGCCCAUUAUCAGAGUAAAGGAAAAGACCUAUGAAGAGCUUCACAAGAAGUGCCUGGAGAAAAACAUCCUCUAUGAAGAUCCUGAUUUCCCACCUAAUGAGACCUCCCUCUUCUAUAGCCAGAAAAUCCCCAUCAAGUUUGAGUGGAAAAGACCACGUGAAAUCUGUGAGAAUCCACGAUUUAUUAUUGGUGGAGCCAACAGAACAGAUAUCUGCCAAGGAGAAUUAGGUGACUGCUGGUUCCUGGCAGCCAUCGCUUGCCUAACCCUGAAUAAAAAACUCCUCUGUAGAGUCAUACCUCACGACCAGUCCUUUAUACAAAACUACGCUGGCAUCUUUCACUUCCAGUUCUGGCGCUACGGAGACUGGGUGGACGUUGUCAUCGACGACUGCCUACCCACGUACAACAACCAGCUGGUCUUCACCAAGUCCUCCCAGCGCAACGAGUUCUGGAGCGCUCUUCUGGAAAAGGCCUACGCAAAACUCCAUGGGUCCUAUGAAGCUUUGAAAGGAGGCAACACCACAGAGGCCAUGGAGGACUUCACAGGAGGAGUGACAGAGUUCUAUGAGAUAAAAGAUGCCCCUAAAGAUACCUAUAAAAUUAUGAAACAUGCAAUUGCCAGAGGAUCCCUCAUGGCCAGCUCCAUUGACGAUAACUUAGGCUUUUCCUAUGGAUCAGCUCCUCGAAGUGACAUUGGGGAACUGAUUGCUCGAAUGGUGAAGAAUCUAGAAAACGCACAGAUGACUCAAUCCACUAUAGACUACCAGGGGAUGGACGAAAGGCCAGCCUGGACCAUAAUGCCAAUGCAGUAUGAAACCCGGAUGGCUUGCGGGCUGGUCAAAGGCCAUGCCUACUCUGUCACAGCAGUGGAGGAGACAACAUUUAAAGGGGAGAAAAUAAGGCUGGUAAGGCUAAGGAACCCCUGGGGACAGGUGGAAUGGAACGGACCUUGGAGCGACAAAUCAGAGGAGUGGAACUUCAUUCCUGAAGCAGAGAAAAUCCGCUUGCAACACAAGAUUGCGGAGGAUGGGGAAUUCUGGAUAUCAUUUGAAGAUUUCAUGAGACACUUCACAAAACUUGAGAUCUGUAACCUCACACCUGAUACUCUGGAAGCUGAUAAACUCCAGACCUGGACCGUGUCAGUCAACGAAGGGCGCUGGGUGAGAGGCUGCUCAGCUGGAGGUUGCCGCAAUUAUCCAGAUACAUUUUGGACCAAUCCCCAGUAUCGCUUGAGGCUUCUGGAGGAAGAUGAUGAUCCUGAGGAUGAGGAGGUGAUCUGCAGCUUUCUUGUAGCACUGAUGCAGAAAAACAGGAGAAAAGAACGCAAGCUGGGAGCCAACCUGUACACUAUCGGCUUUGCCAUCUAUGAGGUGCCCAAAGAGAUGCAUGGUAAUAAGCACCACUUGCAAAAGGAUUUUUUCCUCUAUAAUGCCUCCAAAGCUAGAAGUAAGACCUACAUAAACAUGCGAGAAAUCUCUGAGCGCUUCCGGCUACCACCCAGUGAGUACGUUGUCAUCCCAUCAACGUAUGAACCUCACCAGGAGGGAGAAUUCAUCCUGAGGGUCUUCUCGGAGAAAAGAAGUCUUUCCGAGGAAGUUGAAAACAUGAUUGAAGCACAACGUCCAUCAAAAAAGAAAAAGGGCAAGCCUAUCAUCUUUGUUUCUGACAUAGCAAACAGCAAUAAGGAGUUGACAGCAGAUGAAGACUCCGGCAAAGAUGGUGAAAAAAACAGCAUAGAUGAGAAAAAGCGUGCUUCAGCAAAAAUUCGCGAAGCAAGUGAAGAGGAAAAACAGUUUCGGAAUAUUUUCCGGCAGAUCGCAGGGGAUGACAUGGAGAUCAAUGCUGAAGAACUCAGGAACGUUCUCAAUAACGUUGUAAAAAAACAUAAGGACCUAAAGACAGAAGGAUUUGAACUGGAAUCCUGUCGCAGCAUGAUUGCUUUGAUGGAUACAGAUGGCUCAGGGAAGAUAAACUUUGAUGAGUUCCGACAUCUCUGGGACAAGAUUAAAAGCUGGCAGAAAAUUUUCAAGCGUUAUGACACGGAUCAUUCUGGAACGAUUAACAGCUAUGAGAUGCGUAAUGCAGUCAAGGACGCAGGCUUUCGCCUGAACAACCAGCUCUACGACAUCAUUACGAUGCGCUAUGCCGACAAAAACAUGAACAUUGACUUUGACAGCUUCAUCUGCUGCUUUGUGCGACUGGAUGCUAUGUUCAGAGCAUUCCAUGCCUUUGAUAAAGAUGGAGAUGGAAUCAUUAAACUCAAUGUCUUGGAGUGGCUGCAGCUCACGAUGUAUGCGUAACACCAGAGCCAUCUGCCAGCAGCGUUAAGAACACACUCGAGAUAUCUGCUGAAUGUAACUAGCUCCGUUCAUCCCCGAGCACAAACAAGAACGCUUCCCCAUGCACAGGCUUCGCUUGCUGAGAUGAAUAGCACAGAGUGCCUUGGAAAAAGAGACAACCGUUCUCCCACAGGGAGACUAGCGUUUGCAUUCUGUAACUACUUUGAUAUCACCUCUCUGGCAUUUUACUUUGAGCAACAACAACUUAUUUAUGACUAAGUUUAACUUCUGCACGGUAAAGUCAUGGAGCAUGCACCAUUAUUCUGCUUAGGCUGACAACUAGAAAACUUCCCCAAAGUGCAUACAAAGGCAAAGCUGGAACUGUAUCUGAACUCUGAAAGCAUUUAAUACCACCUUGUAAUCAAUCAUCUACUCUUUGUCCUGAUAUUGGUUCAAUCACUGUAGCCUCUUUAUAAUUUUGACUGAGCAUUUCACAUGAAGAUGUGAUAGACCUAUAUUAAUAUUAUGCAUCCCAAUCACUUAUGUUGUUAUAGAUGUGGCUAUGAGGGUUGGUUUUCUGCUAUACUAGAAACUUGGAAGUCGGGCAUAAAAGACUGAUAUCCAGGUACAUUUUUAAAUCUUGGUCUAGUGCCCUAGCAAGUAUUAGAGCUGAGCAAUUAGCUCACAGACUUUUAAUAUCCUAAUACUAGCUUAAUUACAUAUUGGAUUUUUUUUUUCUAAACUGUAACUGCUUUCUCUCUAAGAUAGAGAAACUGAUUUGCAAUUCCAGAAGGAAAACACGUCUUAGGUAUAUAAAUAUACAUACACUUUUUUUUCCAGAAUCCUAUUUCAUUGGAAUUAUUUUGGAUGGAAUGACUAACAGUUGAUGGAGUCUGCUUUAACUUCAGAAUAUUUUUAGUUAUACCCUAGAGUCCUCCACUUUGUACUGGUUAUCAUUUAAAAGCUCAACUUUUUUGUAGCUCGGUGAAAAGUAUGUCACAUUAGAUCCACUACUUCUAGAUUUGGAAGUAGGAUUUUAUAGUCUUAUUAGUUAUUUUAUAGUCUUCUCAAUUUCUAUGUUAUUAAUGUUGGGGAUUGUUCUGUUAAUGCACAAGUCAAUACUGGCUUAAGUUUUCUUUGAUAAACCCUUUUUCUCCCCCUGCCUUCCCAUUCCCAGCAAUGAUCUGCAGAUCCUCUAGAAGAUGCAUCUAUCCAUCUUGUUUGAUGACUAUCUCCAUUACUACCUUGGCUCCCUGGUUUUGAUGUACACUGCAAGAGGAGAUAAAAAAAUACUAAUCGCACCUUACCAAAAAAUUUUAAUGGAUCAAAUAAAUGAAAAAUGUACCUGACUGAUACAGAGAGCAAAUAAGCAACAGGUUUUUGGUACAGGUUAUCCACUACAAUCAUCAUUAACAACACACUCAAGAUGGGGUAUAAAAAUAUUUCCUGACAAUAUUGUUAUUUCCUUACUGCAAAAAGUGACUUCCACUCUAGACAUUAGGAGAAUCAUAAAUACUUUAUGGUAUCGUGACCAUGUGGGGAAGACUAUUAGAAGACAGAAAUACAAUUAAUUUUAUUUUACUGCAAAUAAAUCAACUGGGCUUUCUUUUGAAGGAACAGAGGGGAAUGAAACAGUGAGCCUUCGCCCAGCACUCUUGAACAUAGAGCAGCUUCUGAAGUUCUAUAGCAAAUAUGAAAUCAGCUUAAGAUCUCAAAUACUUGCAAGUUAGUUCUUCGAACGCAUUAGAAGUGAGGACUUAAGCUUAGAGGUUCUAUUACUAUCAGCUUUAAGGAUGAUAGGAUUUCAGAACUGGUCAAUCAUUAUCAAUACAAAAAAUGGAAGGAAAAAUAAAAAGUGCAAAAAAAAAAAGGUUUAAAGCGCUCAGCUUUGUCAGGAUAACCUUUCCUUGAGGGGAAAGCCCUUGCCACAUGCCUGUGCACACAAAAGAAAACCCAUUUUUGCUGAAUUCGGUAUGUUAAGUGCAUUCUUUUUUCUGAUCCAAUUUUAACUGCUGAAAGGGAGUGAGUCAAAUGAAAAGCUCCAAUUUUUCUUAUCUAAACAUAUUUUAUGAAGGCUUAAAAAAUGCAACCUUAAGAUUAGAACAGCUGCUUAAUAAUGACAAGAAAGGACAAACUGUCUCUUAGUUCUCUAGUACUGUGAAGUAAGAAACAAUCCACUAUUGUAAAGUACAAUUGCAAAAAAGAAUCUUAAUAUCCACCGAAGGUUAUUCUGGGAAGUAGCACAUUUAACUGACGGAUUGCUAAGAAAAAAUAACUUUUGGCUAUAAAGUUCUUACUGUUGUCUUGCACUGUAAGCUACUACUCUUAAAGAGAAAGAAAAUGCUAUGACUUGUCUAAGUAAAAGUUAUUCUCCUUUAAAUCCAACUUUUGUUUUAACCAAAAUUAAGCUUUCAAGAUGACUGGAAUACUAAGAGUCCUAGGUUGCAGCCCUGUGUUGUAUCCAUUAAACUAUUAUUUUCCACAUAAGAAAAUACGGUAUUGAGAUGCUCUUUGUUGAAGCGUUCAGAAAAGAAACAAAAUCUAGCAGUCAAAAGAUCACAAUCAGGAUUUUUGAUCGGCAUCUCAAAACAGGCUCUUGAAGUCCUGGUGAGUGAGCUACUCUCAGUUCUAGAGGGCUUCCCUUUGCAAAGGAUCAUGAAGCAGGAGGGUCAGGAUGUCACUCUGGAGGCACAGCUGGGUGGACGACUUACAUUUUCCCCCCUGAACUACCUUGUCUUAGGAUCCUGCUCACUGGGAGUAACAGCUUGCAACAGUCCUGCCAGUGUUGGAGGUAGGCCGCUGGAAUAUACAGCUUCAAAGUGGCCUGUCUGAUUUUAUCCAGCCCUCUAAAAAAAAUA